AAGUUACAGGCCUGGGGCGUGACUCCCCACUAUGACCUGCCCAGCUAGGAAUUUAUGAUCCGAUCACCUUAUGAGGUUACUUUCCAUAGAACCAAUGUUGGUGACAAGCCUAAUUUAAAUGAGAUAAUGUACGUCAUGGGCCCGGUCUCAGCAGACCCUCACAGCAGAAUUUAAACAGAAGAUUGAAAACAAUUUGAACGUUCAAGAGUCAUCACGAAGGUGCCAUGUCUGAGGGCUCAGUUCUCUGCACUAUAUUUAUGAACCCAUUUGACCCUCACAACUGUAUGAGGGAGGCACUGUUACCACCCCAGGUUACAGAUGAGGAAACUAAAGCACAGAGAGGCUGAGUCACUUGCUAAAGUCACAGCAUUACCGAGGUUUAAGCUCGGAUAUAAAGACAUUUGUCCCGACUGUAGAUCCAGCUCCCCCUGAAGAUGUGGUCGGCAGGGGUUUGCUUUGAUCUCUGUGCUUGAGGCCGGUAGUAUCCUUUGGUUCAUCGGCUCAGUCAGUGCCAGAUAAUAAAGCUGGGGAUAGGCUUAGAUGGGCGGCACCUAGGACCCAGACCACCCGAGGCUGAAGACCCCCUCUCUUUCUCCCUGUAGAGCCUUCGCCUGCCUCCUGCCCUCCUCAGCCAUGGUCUGGAAGAAACUGGGCUUCAGCAACUUCUCCAGCUGCCCCAACGGCUCCCGCCAGUGGAUAUGGGACUUGUUUGGUGAAUGUGCCCAGGAUGGCUGGGACGAGGCCAGCGUGGGCCUGGGCUUGGUGUCCAUUCUCUGCUUUGCCGCAUCCACCUUCCCACAGUACAUCAAGGCCUGCAAGACGGGCAACAUGGACCAGGCGCUGUCCGUGUGGUUCCUCCUGGGCUGGAUCGGCGGGGACUCCUGCAACCUCAUCGGCUCCUUCCUUGCUGACCAGCUGCCCCUGCAGACCUACACAGCGGUGUAUUACGUCUUGGCAGACCUGGUGAUGCUGUCGCUAUACUUUCAUUACAAGUUUAAGAAAUGCCCCUCGCCACUGUCUACCACCAUCAAUUCCAUGCUCUUGUUCAUCUUGGGACUGGCGUGUACCACCCCACUGCUGAGCAGAGCUGGCUCUGUGGCUGCUCCGAGGGAGGUCUUCCAUGGACGGAAGCUCCUGUCUGUGGAGCCAGGCAAUAAGCCUUUCACUCGGCAGGAAAUCAUUGGUUUUGUCAUCGGCUCCAUCUCCAGCAUCCUGUACCUAUUCUCCCGGGUACCUCAGAUCCGCACCAACUUCCUGCGGAAGUCGACCCAAGGGAUCUCCUACUCGCUGUUCGCCUUGGUGAUGCUGGGGAAUACGCUGUACGGGCUGAGUGUGCUGCUCAAAAACCCUGAGGUGGGCCAGACUGAGGGCAGCUUCCUGCUGCACCACCUGCCCUGGCUCGUGGGCAGCCUGGGCGUGCUGCUGCUCGACACCAUUAUCUCCGCACAGUUCCUGAUCUAUAGGAACGCCUCCAUGUCCUCCGAGUGCCAGCCCCUCCUCCCAGGCUGACCGGGACCCAGGCCAAGCCCAGAUGACCAAGACCUCCAGAAGCCACACCAGGAGGAGAGGAGUGUGGGCAACGGUGCUGCGGACCCUGGACUCGGGCAUGGAGGAAGCUGGAAUGGGGGGCCUAGAACUCCCAGCCCAGCUGCCUCCCCCCACGCCUUCAAAACCUGGGCGGACUCUUCCAGAAGCCCUGACUGACUCCUCCAGGAGCAAGACGGUCCCUAGGGCCAGCCUCCCCCUGCCUUGAGACUCACCCUCCUUCCAGGGUCUGAGGCAGCUGUCCCUGGGAAUCUUGAGGGAGGGCCUGCAGCUGAGACCUUGCCCCGCAGAAAAUAGUGCAGCUGUCCCUGGGCUCACCUACCUCAUUCCGCUGCUUGCCCCCUGGAGAGGGACACAGCUGCAGCCCUACAUAACAAGGACUGUCCUGUUAAUUGCAGCCAGCCUAGUAAACGGUACUGCCCAGCAAGGCCUGUUCUGUUGCUCCUUCUCAAGGUGCUGGGGUCUGGGCCCCACCUCCCAGGGCCCAGGCGGGGGCCUAAUGGGUUAGGCUGUGGGAGAGCCGAGUAGGAGGGGACCGAGUCUGCUGGCUAGUCUCAGGGGGGCCCCUGACUGCUUCAACCGGCUUCUCUGACACAGCAGUGAGAACGACGCUGCCGGGGUCCCUUGGGAAGAAGCAGAAUAGUGAAGGUUCAGGUCUUGGUUCUGUGUCUUAGCUCCUCUGUGCCUCAGUUACCUUAUCUGUGAAAUGAGAUGACAGUAUUACGACAUCAUGUCUUCAUAAGAUGGUGCGAUUACUGAGGUUAGCCCCAAAGUGUGGCAAGCAGUAAGAGCUCAAUAAAAGUUAGCUUGUUAAUUUUUA